UGUUUUCGUACAUAGGCCAGCUACAUCCGGGACCUUGCCGCACGAUUUUGCCUGAGCGAAGUUUGGGCGAAGGUUGUCAUUUCUUCAUCAUUUCUGCGCCGCUAAAACCGUGAAAAAUGGCCGAGACAGGCACAAAACUGCCGCACACGAGAGGAAAGGGGGUGUGGGGUAUCAUCAGGAAGCUGUUCGUGCCGCACCACGAGCCGUCGCUGGUGCCGUUGUUCCUAGUGGUUGGACUGGGGGGUUGUGUGGCUGCCGGGUAUCUAAUGAGGUUGGCUUUUAGGAGCCCCGACGUGUGCUGGGACAAGAAGAACAACCCUGACCCCUGGAACAGAGUGGCUGCCACGGAACAAUACAAGUUCUACUCACCCAACAUUGACUACAAGAAGCUGGAGCCCCCACCCAAGUACUGAACGGACGGUCCCUAACCAAGCUGCAGCUGCCAUCCAAUCACGGGCCUCCUUGCUGAAGCUGUUAGGACUUGUUGUUAACGAUGAUUGAAAAUAUGGUUUAAAAAAUUAAAAUGUGUCUUAGUACCAGUAUGGGAAUUCUGCAACCUACAGCAUCAUGAAAUAGUGGUUUACAUUGAUCAACAUAGCAGGAACGGCCAUAAUUUGUCAGUUUUUUCUCUCUCAGAAACAAAAAAAAAACAACCUCAGCUUAGUCCAGAAGCAGGGUUAUACAUGUAGUAAUGGGAACCGUGUACGCAAGAGCAUUUUCACCUAGCAACUGUUACCUAGCAACUGUAACCUAGCAACUGUUACCAUGGAUAUAUGGCUCUGAAAUAUACUAGUAGUACGUAAUGCUCUCUGCAAGUGACCAUAUCAGAACUCACUCAGCUACUAAAGCAGAUUUUCUAACUGAUUCACCAUAUAAGGAUAUCACCAUGGCUACCGUAACCAAGAUAUCACCAUGGCAACCGUAACCAAGGUAACCACGGCUUGUAGAUGCUGCUCUCUGUGACACAGAAGUGCGUGUGUGGAGAAGUGGGAUGUACCAUUAUCGGUGCAGGAGUAGUGGGUUGUACCAUUAUCAGUGCAGGGGAAGUGGGAUGUACCAUGUUCUGGUCUGUUGUUGCUGGCCUGUGAUGUAUAAAAAUAAAGACACGUGUGAAUGUGUGGA